AUUUCCCCCCUCUGUUCCUUCAGCCACAUCUGAACCUUUCUAACAAUUCGCUUCCCAAUCGGGACUUCCUCCACCCCGGAACCGCACGGCUCGACUCGCCGCCGACCCCCCGGCCCUCCUCCAGCGCUGCCUUAGCCGGUGUUUGAUUGGAUUAGAGUCGCUUAGCCUUUGCCCUCUAACCCCGCCGAUGUUGGCUCGCUGCUUCCUGCUCUCUCCGCUCCCCCUCACCGACUGAACGAAGGCUGGCGAAGCCGCACGGCGAAGCGACGCGCUCCGCACCGGACACAGUGCUCGGCUUCAAGCGGGGUGUCGCGGAUCACGCAAACCGGAGAGAGAACAGCGACGCGAAGCUCUCAGCCAUGCGGAGGAAAUCCAGGGUGUUGCUGUGUUUUGCGGUGCUGUGGGUGCUGGGAAUAGCCUACUACUUCUACUCGGGGACAGCGAUGAGUCGGAAGGAUGAAUGGAGCUCCAGUUACUCGUCCAGCCGGGGAAAAUCUCACGGCGCCGAUGAAAAGGCGCACACCAUCGACGCUCUGCCACCAGGUAAGGUGCGCUGGCAGGAUUUCAACCAGAACCUUUACAUCGGCGCCACCUUGGUCCGACCGGGUCAGGAUCCUUACGCCAGAAACAAGUUCAACCAGGUGGAGAGCGACAAGCUCCAAAUGGACCGAGCCGUUCCCGACACCAGACACGACCACUGCAGAAGUAAACAGUGGAGGUCAGACCUGCCAGCCUCCAGUGUUGUCAUCACCUUCCAUAAUGAGGCUCGCUCUGCUCUGCUGCGGACUGUCAUCAGCGUCUUAAAGAAAAGUCCUCCUCACUUGGUCAAAGAAAUCAUUUUGGUUGACGACUACAGUGACAACCCGGAGGAUGGAGCCCUGCUGGGGAAGAUCGAGAAAGUUCGCAUCCUCAGGAACAACCGCAGAGAAGGACUGAUGCGUUCGAGGGUCUGCGGUGCAGAUGCUGCCACAGCGCCAGUUCUUACCUUCUUGGACUCUCACUGUGAAUGUAACGAUCAUUGGCUGGAGCCGCUGCUGGAGCGAGUGGCUGAGGAUAAGACGAGGGUAGUUUCUCCAAUCAUUGACGUCAUCAACAUGGACAACUUUCAGUAUGUGGGCGCCUCGGCCGAUCUGAAAGGAGGCUUUGAUUGGAAUUUGGUGUUUAAAUGGGACUAUAUGACUCUGGAGCAGAGACGAGCCAGACAAGGCAACCCUAUCGCCCCCAUCAAGACACCGAUGAUUGCUGGCGGUCUGUUCGUCAUGGAUAAGGAGUAUUUUGAGCGACUAGGAAAGUACGACAUGAUGAUGGACGUCUGGGGAGGCGAAAAUCUGGAGAUCUCGUUUCGUGUGUGGCAGUGUGGCGGCAGCCUGGAGAUCAUCCCCUGCAGCCGGGUUGGCCACGUCUUCAGGAAACAACACCCCUACACCUUUCCUGGAGGCAGCGGGACUGUGUUUGCGAGGAACACAAGACGAGCAGCAGAGGUGUGGAUGGACGAGUAUAAGAACUUCUACUACGCUGCUGUUCCCUCGGCGAGAAACGUUCCCUACGGGAAUAUCCAGAGUCGCUUGGAGAUGAAGAAGAGGUUAGGCUGUAAGCCUUUCAAAUGGUACCUGGAGAACGUCUACCCCGAACUGAGGGUUCCAGAUCAUCAGGACAUCGCCUUCGGAGCGCUGCAGCAGGGAGGAAACUGCCUGGACACUCUGGGGCAUUUUGCAGACGGAGUGGUAGGCGUCUACGAGUGCCACAACGCUGGAGGGAAUCAGGAAUGGGCCCUAACCAAAGACAAGUCGGUGAAACACAUGGACCUUUGUCUGACGGUGGUGGACCGGACCGCCGGCUCCCUAAUCAAACUACAAGGAUGUCGAGAGAACGACAGCAGACAGAAAUGGGAGCAGAUUGAAUCCAACUCGAAGCUUCGUCACGUGGGCAGCAACCUCUGCCUGGACAGCCGCAGCGCCAGGAUGGGUGGGCUAACCGUGGAGGUCUGUGGGCCGAACCUUAACCAACAGUGGAAGUUCACCCUGAAUUUACAAUCAUAGGGGGCGCUGCAGACCCCUGGAUAUCUGACUGAGACACAAAAAGACAGACAUACGAGCAAAAGACUGGAGGAGCAGGAUGGACUGGAAUAGUCCUCGUCCUCCGCAGAGACGCAGCCAGUUCUCUCUACACCCCUCUCCCCCACCACUCCCCUCCCUUAAACGUCGAGCCACGCCCCGUGGGGGAGGGGCUUGUAGACGGCGUCGGAGCGAACCGGAGACUGACUGCAUGCGGUGGACGGAAGCGAUGAAGAGGAUUUAGUUUCCAACAACAUACCUCGGCGUUCUGUCAUUGACGGUUCCAGAGAGAUUUCCUUUUUCUUCUUUAAUGCUGGUUGAAAACAAACUAAACUCUUUGGUGGAUUAUUUUUAUUUUUCUUAUGCAUAUUUUUUUUUUUAUUCUUGAAUCUCUGCUGAGAGCUGCUGGAGCUGGUUCUGUUCCUAAGUGAUUCUUGUUGGGCCAGGUGGAGGUUUCCUAUGGGGGGUUUUGGGUAUCGAGUGAUGAUGGGAGGAGGAACACGGACUCGAUUCUUCGAGCUGUUCUUCUUUUGUUCUCUCACUAGUUUACAGAAUUGACAAAAAAGAUGGAGGAGGAGAAAAGAGAACUCUGUAUUUUACUUUCUGUGCGUCUGAUUCCAGUCCAUUGUCCUUGGGAGGAGCGUCUUUACUUCUUGACGGAGGGUUGUGUCUGAACAGAAAGACCGUCUCUAAGGUCUUCAGGAUGUAGCGCUGGCUGCUGCAGCAUCCUUACUUCUUCACUUUGUUGUUUCUUAAAAACUGCACAGAAAAAAAAACAAAAAGAUCAUAAGUCUUUGUUUUGUUUACUCUUGUCAACAUAUGGCACCAGAUUUGAAAGAAAAGUUUGUUUUAAGUUUCAGGAGGACCAGAGGAGCAAUUAAAAACAGUUUUUCCUUACA